AUGUCCGCCGCGACCCGCCUGAAGGCGAUAGCAACCCUUGCGACCACCUCCUUCGCCAUCCUCGGAAUCUCCGCGCUACCCUCCGUACGCGACUUCAUCACGCGACAUCUCGGACCCAAUGGCUUGAAGAACGCCUACCGCGUCUUAGCCCUCAUCUUCGCGUUGCUCAACCUCAAGAAUCUGCCGGGCUUCUGGCAUCUUCGGGUACUAAGAGGGAUAUCGUACCAAUUGUACUUCCAGCCGACUGUACAAAAACCGAAACACCUGUUCGCGCCAAUGAUCACGAGCUCCUUCAACACCCUUUACGACUGCGACUACAAUUUCCACAAAUCGAAUAGCACAUACUUCGCCGACCUGGACGUUGCGCGAGCGAAUUUGAUGGGAUGCAUAAUACGGACGGGACUGGCAAGGCUGAAUCGAGGAGACGAGGAAGGAUUGCCCGAAGACACAACAGCAGCCAAAGGGACAUACGUUCUGGCACUCGGAGGCGUAAGUUGCUUCUUCCAGCGGCAGAUUGAGCCUUUGCAGCAAUUUGAGAUAUACACGAGACUGCUGGCGUGGGAUAGGAAAUGGAUAUACUGCGUCAGUCAUAUUGUGAAGAAGGGUGCGAUCAAGCCGGAUAGCUAUGCCCUGCAGCCUUGGAAGCGAGGUAGGAAGCAGGCUGCGGAGGCGAAGAAGGAGGACGAGGAUCUGACGAAGCAUAUCUUUGCCACGAGCGUGGCAAGGUACGUUUUCAAGAAAGGUCGGUUGACGAUUAACCCGGAGAUUGUGCUGGAGAGGUCACGCUUGCUGCCUCCUCGACCUGUGGGUGUGGGUUUGCCGCCGCGAACAGAGUCGGUUGCGCCAACUCCUGCGCCGGCUGCGGAGACACCUGCAAUGAACAGUGCGGCUGUCAGCCCUGAGGCUGUGGUGGCGGAGGUGAGCAGUAAGCUGGGCUCAGCUGCAGACGACACCCCUCGCCAGGAUGAGGAUUGGACGUGGAACGAUAUGGAGAACGAGCGCUUGCGCGGACUCGAGAUCGCUAGCCACUUCGACGCACUCGGCGCAGCGCAUGGAGAACUGCGAGCGGGCACGGUGUUGGGUCAGUACGGCGACUAUUGGUGA